AUGCCCCACCAAUGGCAGAACCCCGAGAUCCAGUUAAAAAUCGAGGAGGACCGACGGAAGGCAGAAGAAGAGCGGACGAAACAGGAACAAUCUCGAGUGGAUUUCAAGAAGCUGGAGUUGGAGUUUUUGAGGGAGGCUCAUCAGAUGGGAAUACCGCCACAGAUGAUACCGAUCAUGUUCGCCGGAAGUGCUCUCAAGGGCGUUGUUGGAGAAUGGUUUAAUGAACAUUGUGCUCAAAUGAUGGGCCAACUUCAACAGCAGCAUCAGAUGGCCCAGCAGCAGCAGCAACAGCAGCCUCAACAGCAGCAAGUCCAUCCCAUGCCACAGAUUCAUUCACCAGGUCCUGAUCGCAAAAUACGGAGGGAAACACGUACAAUAGCAGAUUCUUUCCCGCCUGUACAACCACAUAUGGGCCCGCCUCUAGGAGCAGGAAUGCAGCCGCAGGGUGCUCCGCCGGCGAGCUAUACUACUUCCUAUUUGCCUCCAAGAAAUGGCCCAGCGCAGCAACCGCCGCGACCACCGCAGAUCAACACUAAAGACAUGCAUCCUCAUUCUCAACAGCCUCCUCUACUUCCAGGGCAGAUCAUUGGCACCCCAAUUGGUGCCCCCCAUGGUCCAAUGCAGACAGUGGCACAGGGACACCCCCCCCAAGCAACUCAACCAGCUCAACAACAAGAGUCUGCUAUAUUCUUUCACCACUAUGUUCCACCAAACAGUCAAGCUAGUAGCAUGACAACACCAGUCAAAACGUCUUCGCCACAAACACAAUUGCAAUCCCCAUUUGCUCACCAACCACCUUCGAAUCAACUUACUGGGUCUGACUACGCGAGCUCCCCUAAAAAGCGAAAACAUGGAAAUGCCCCAUCUUCACAACAGCAAACACCUUCAACACCUUUUUCUCCACCCUCAUUUCACCAAACUCCUUUGUCUGCGGCGACUACACCUAGUCGGACACGGCGCGGGCACUCAAGACAUCGGAGUGAGACAGUAGGAUCCACCGGAAGAGGAUAUGAGCCCUACAACAGGUCGGCUACAACGCGUCACCGGCGAUCAAUCGGAGGAUCGCCACUACCCGAAUCAGGGCCACAGCUGCCUCCGGUGUCAUCGGCAGGCGACGGUGUCAGUGGGGGAAAUGGGGGACCUCACCACCCACGUGAACAAGAGCAUUUACGACAAGAGCAACAAAGGCAAGAUGACCAACAGAGGCAUGAUCAGCAGAGGCAGGAGCAGCAGAGGCAGGAGCAACAAAGGCAGGAGCAGCGGGGACACGAACAACAGAGGCAGGACCAGCAACGGCCACAGUCAGUGCCUCCUCAGCCACAAGGGAGGCCAUACUCGGCCGGUCCCGGUCCCGGCUUCGGAGCCACAUAUCCCCCUCCCCACCCCCCACCUCCAUCCUCAGACGGCGGUAGGGACAGCAAAAGCGGGAAUGGGCGGGGUUGA